GCAAUUGAUAACAAUAUCUGUUUUACCAUUUCUCUGGUGCAGGGAGGAGUCGUCAGAUCCAAAAUCCACCAACCAACAUCGCUGAUCCCAGAUCUCAAACAAAUCCUGAUCGUCCAUUUCGCUCUUUAAACCUAUUUAUAUCACUCUCCUCUGCCAUUUCUUCCUUGCACACUCACUUCUUUCGAAACCCAAAGAAGCGAGGUCCAGAUCUGAACCUUCCGUACUCUGUCUCUCUCCCUUUCUCUAGCCAUGGCUUUGCUCGUCGAGAAAACCAACUCCGGCCGCGAGUACAAGGUCAAGGACAUGUCUCAGGCCGACUUUGGCCGGCUCGAGAUCGAGCUUGCCGAGGUUGAAAUGCCCGGUCUCAUGGCUUCCCGGGCCGAAUUCGGACCUUCCCAGCCAUUCAAGGGCGCCAGGAUCACCGGCAGUCUGCAUAUGACUAUCCAAACUGCCGUGUUGAUCGAGACCCUCACGGCUCUUGGCGCCGAAGUCAGAUGGUGCUCCUGCAACAUCUUCUCCACCCAGGACCACGCCGCUGCGGCCAUCGCACGUGACAGCGCCGCCGUGUUCGCCUGGAAGGGAGAGACCCUCCAGGAGUACUGGUGGUGCACUGAGAGGGCCCUCGACUGGGGCCCCGGUGGUGGACCGGAUCUCAUUGUCGAUGACGGUGGGGAUGCAACUCUAUUGAUCCAUGAGGGUGUUAAGGCCGAGGAGCUGUACGCUAAAAACGGAACCCUGCCGGAUCCGGCCUCCACCGACAAUGCGGAGUUCCAGAUCGUGCUCACAAUCAUCAGGGACGGGCUCAAGGCCGAUCCAACGAAGUACACCAAGAUGAAGGAGAGACUUGUUGGUGUGUCUGAGGAGACCACCACUGGUGUCAAGAGGCUUUAUCAGAUGCAGGAAAAUGGAACUCUUCUAUUCCCUGCGAUCAAUGUCAAUGACUCUGUUACCAAGAGCAAGUUUGACAACCUGUAUGGAUGCCGCCACUCUCUACCCGAUGGUUUGAUGAGAGCCACUGAUGUCAUGAUUGCCGGAAAGGUUGGAGUGGUAUGUGGAUAUGGAGAUGUGGGCAAGGGUUGUGCUGCAGCCCUGAAGCAGGCAGGUGCCCGUGUGAUCGUGACUGAGAUUGACCCAAUCUGUGCUCUUCAGGCCACUAUGGAGGGCAUCCAGGUUCUUCCUCUAGAGGAUGUAGUUGCUGAUGCUGAUAUCUUUGUCACCACCACUGGUAACAAGGACAUCAUCAUGGUGGGAGACAUGAAGAAGAUGAAGAACAAUGCCAUUGUUUGCAACAUUGGUCACUUUGACAAUGAAAUCGACAUGCUAGGGCUCGAAACCUACCCAGGGAUCAAGAGAAUUACCAUUAAGCCCCAAACAGACAGAUUUGUCUUCCCUGAAACAGGAAAAGGUGUGCUUAUUUUGGCAGAGGGCCGUCUCAUGAACUUGGGUUGUGCCACCGGACACCCCAGCUUUGUCAUGUCGUGCUCGUUCACUAACCAAGUGAUUGCCCAGCUUGAGCUGUGGAAGGAGAGGGCUACCGGGAAGUAUGAGAAGAAGGUCUAUGUCUUGCCAAAGCAUCUUGAUGAGAAGGUUGCAGCCCUUCAUCUUGGGAAGCUUGGUGCUAAGCUUACUAAACUCACACCUGAGCAAGCUGCAUAUAUCAGUGUUCCAGUUGAGGGUCCUUACAAGCCUGCCCAGUACAGGUACUAAGCAGAGACGUUUCCCGGGAUCAAGAAGGGAGUGUUUUUUUUAUCUGAUCAGAAACAGAAGUUCUUUUUUUGUAAUUGUUGGGGACAUGUUGAGGUGUUUGGAUACUAGAAGCUGAGAUCUCUGAACAAGAGAGAGACCAUCUACGAUAUGUUGAAUAAGUUUUUGGUGGGGGAGGGGUCUUUUGGUAUUAUUGUUUCUUAGAUUGGUUUGAUUGCUCGCUUAUGUUGUUUCUUUUCUUUAAAAAAUGAAGGCCGGUUUUGUUUUCUUUGCUGCUUGUCCAAUCUUUUUCACUUUUUACAUCAGGAAAAACGUUAUGUAGGGUUGUGCUUCUGUUUUUCAAUUUCAUCUCAGUCAAAUUGAAUGGUUCUAGACU